AUGUGUCUUUCAGCAUUACUCUGUUCUUGUCUCUUUAUGCGAAAGUCUGUUAUAUUUUCGCAUCUGUUUUAUUUUUUUAUGGAGGCGUACUUGUCCCGAAUAGAAGCACGAAAAGUGGAAGAGCAGUCAGAAAUUCUGUCGUAUAGAAUAAAUCAUAUCGAUCCAUCUGUGCUGAACGCAAUGCGCCGUACAAUCAUAUCGGAUGUUCCCACAGUUGCCAUCCAUUGGGUGUACAUACGAGAAAACGAAACUGUCAUGGCAGAUGAAAUACUUUCCCACCGCCUGGGGCUAAUUCCAAUAAUAGCAGACGCUGAAGAUUUCGAGCGAGUCGUUAAAACUCCAGAGCUUGACCCGUUCACUGAGUUAACAGACAAAAACUCAAUACAAAUGGAACUAGUUAUCACUAAUAACACAGACAAAAUAUUAACAGUGAGAUCUAACGACAUAAAAAUCCUUUCAAAAACAAAUGCAGCAAUCAAGCAGAAUGUAAUUAUAACUAGACUUGUUCCAGGGAAGAAAAUAGAGUGCAGACUCUUUGCAAUUAUAGGAACCGGGAGAGAGCACUCAAAGUGGAUGCCUACUUCUGUCUGUUACUACAGAACGAUUAAAAAACUGGAGAUGAAAGACCCAUCCAAAGCAGCUGAAAUACAAAAGUAUUUUAGAGACGGAUUUUCUGUCAGAAAUGGCCAAGCCAUAGUAGAUGAGGAUAAGUUACUGGUAAACAUGGACAUAGAAAAAAAGUAUCCAAAUGAAAUAAAAAUACAUACGGAAAGCGACUCAUUCCUAUUUGAAAUAGAAGGAAUAACAGCAUCUCCAGAGACAAUACUCAAGAAAGGAAUAAGAAUCAUAAAGGAUAAGCUAAAAGAGCUAAAAAUGGCCACAGAUAAUAAAUAAACAUAUUCUACAAAUAAAUCA